AUGACGCGUUUGAUCGAACACGUGCAAGUUACAUUAAAACUUAACAAUUGCACGGUGUACUGCUGGACCGAUUCCACAGUAUCACUCGCGUGGAUAAAUAAGCAACCGAGCGAACUAAAAACAUUUACUGCGCAUCGGGUCGCAGAAAUUCAAAAUCGCGUGCCUAACGCUAUUUGGCGACACGUACCUUCGGGUCAUAAUCCCGCUAACUGCGCCUCUCGUGGUCUAUCGAUGUCACAGCUGCUUCAACAUACCCUUUGGUGGCACGGCCCUUCCUGGCUUAUACAAGCUCCUAAUGAGUGGCCAGAAAGUAAGCCUACAGUCCCGAAGGAAGCUGAAGCAGAAGUUAAAAUUAAUAUCAGCAUGUUACACGUUCAAUCGGAGACGGAAUGGGAUCUGCCAAUGCGCACAUCUUCAUGGCGAAAACUUUUACGCAUCACCGCGUACGUUUUCCGAUUUACCUCGCGAAAUAAAGGGAAUCGCUAUUCAGACACGGUUAUUACCGCGGCUGAGAUCCUCGCGGCACGUAAAUUCUGGAUCACGUACGUCCAGACUCGGCAUUAUCGACGGGAAAUAGCGGCUAUGCUUAAGGGCGAAUCCCUGUUAAAAGCUAGUCCGUUACUUCGGCUUAAUCCGUUUCUUGGCGAAGAUGGUACUGUCCGUGUUGGCGGGCGGUUGCGCAACUCAGAACUUCCGCAACGCUUUCCGAUAAUAUUACCGGUGCAUCGAAUCACCGAACUCAUCAUCGCUGAUUGUCACGAGAACACGUUACAUGGGGGCACGCAGUUAAUGUUAAAUGUUUUACGGCAAACGUUUUGGAUCGUCAACGCGCGACGGCUAGUUAAAGGCCACAUUCACAAAUGCGUCACGUGCGUGCGUUGGCGGGCGGUCACCGCAAGUCAACAAAUGAGCGACUUACCUGCGGUGAGAGUCACUCCAUCUCGAGCGUUCGUCCAUUGCGGCCUGGAUUACGCAGGACCGUUCUCUGCUCUCGCGUAUCGUGGACGUGGGCAAAGGGCGCAAAAGGUUUACAUCGCUCUUUUUGUUUGUUUGGCGACUCGCGCUAUCCACCUCGAAUUGGUGCGCGACUACUCCACUUCAGCGUUUCUAGCAGCAUUUGAACGCUUCACGUCUCGCCGCGGAUUGCCUACGAAUUUAUAUAGCGAUAAUGGGACUAAUUUCCAAGGCGCUAAUAAAGAAUUAAUGAACGCGUUUAAACAAGUAACGGCAGACACUCACCUUCGUUCGCGUUUAGCUGCCGAUUAUAUCACGUGGCACUUUAUUCCGCCGGCAGCUCCUCAUUUUGGAGGAAUCUGGGAGGCAGGGGUCAAAAGCGUUAAGACCCAUCUGCGACGCAUGCUCGGCGAUCGUACGCCUACUUGCGAGGAACUAAUUACGCUCCUCUGCCGCAUCGAGGCAUGUUUAAAUUCACGCCCUUUGGCUCCUUUAAACGAUGACCUCGAGUCAUGUGAGGCCCUCACUCCAGGUCACUUUCUCGUGGGCGCAGCAUUAAAAUCUGUUCCGGUGCCAUCAGUACUGGAAAUUAACGAGAAUCGCUUAUCGAGAUGGCAACUCGUUCAACAGCUCACGGAAAAGUUCUGGAAAGCAUGGGCUAACGAUUACUUACACACAUUACAGGCGCGAUCGAAGUGGUGUAGUCGCGUCCCCAACCUCAAAAUCGGGGACUUAGUUCUACUCAAGAGCUCGACGCUUCCCCCGGCGAAAUGGGAACUAGGUCGGGUGACCGAAUGUCAUCCUGGUAAAGACGGCCUCAUUCGUGUAGUCACCGUAAAGACUGCACAUUCGCAAUAUGUACGUCCGAUCGCUAGGUUAUGUAAGUUACCGAUUAGCCAUUAA